AUAUUACUCCGUACGUACUCCGUAAAAUUACUCCUACUGCAUAUAUUCCAUCUCUUCUUGUUAUUUAAGUUCUCUUCAAUUCAUCUUAUUGGCUCUGAUCUAAUUCGGUUAAGUUUUAAUUUAAUCUGAUAAAAAUUAUAUUUAAAGCUUUUUUUUACUUCUGAUCUGAUUUCAAUAAGAAUAAAAAAAAUGAAGAGAACAGAACAAUUUCUAAGCUCCUCUGCACAAGAUGCUAUAUUCACUCUUUUGUUCUAAAACAUUUAACUACGGGGUAUUUUUCACUUACAAUACUCCUCCGUUCUAAUGUAUUUGUCUAAUUUGAUUAUUUGAGUCAAACUGGACAAAAUUUAAAUGAGACCGGAGUAGUACCUUUUUUUGUCAAAGAAAAGUAAAAAAACAGGGGUAAAUUCUUUUACCGGAAGAACAUAUUCGCAUGGGGAAAAAGAAUGCGAACCCGCAAGGCGGGAAGCAGCGCAGGGACGGCUGGGAGAAGCCAAUCUCCCACGGCGAAGAAGACUAUUCGGCCGCCGCCGCCGCCGCCGUGCAGCAGCAGAAGCACAAGCCGGACCCCGCCGCGAUCCAGGACCGUCGCGUCGAUCUACCUGCUGUCAGCGAGCGGCGCAUCGCCGCCACGGCCACGGCGGCGACCGCGGCUGUUUAUUUUUCCGACGAAUCCGGUGGCGAUCCUUCUAUCGAUCAUAAAGCCGAGGCUUACAUUGCCUCUUUCCGGAACAAGCUUAAAAAUAAAAACGACUGAUGGAAUGAAAGAUAUUGGGUUUAUUAUUACUCCGUACUUGUGGGUAACAUUAUUAAUAAAUAAAGAAAAUGGUAAUGGUUUUCUUAAGAAACAAAAAAAAAUGUUUUUUUUUGGUUUCUUAAGCAUUAACAUUUUCCUACUAAUUAAUACUCCAUAAUAAACAAUGAAAUAAAUGUAUUUAUAAUCAUGCAUGUGACUAACAGCAAGUUAAAUAUUAAGAAAUUAAUUAGAAAUGG